AGUGCUUUUCGGCGUCGGCACGGUGGCCCUCGUUUUCAUCGUUUUCGUCGCGUCGUCCUCGUUGUCGUCUUCGUUAUCGUCCUCGUCUUUGCCGCGAUCGUUUUUUCCGUUGGCCUUUUUAAAAAGACUCCGUUUAUCCUGUACGGUUGCACGGUGUGUCGGCAGAAACAGAAUCAUAUGGAUAUUUGUGAGGGGCGAGGUAAGAGAUCCGUAUGCGAGCAAGCAGAAGAGUGACAGGUUACGAACAAUUCGUCGAAAGUGGGAGGGAAAUACAGGAGGAAGAAAAAAAGAAAGGGCGGAAAGGAAGAAAGGAAAAAGGAGGGAGAAGUACUGGUAGAAUGAAGCAUCGUGGACGAGGGUAGGGCAACGGUAACCAGCAGCGAAGUGGAUAGGUGGCAGGUAGCGUAAACGGAAAACGGCCGGCGGUUAGAGUAUACAAGAAGAAACGGGAUACCGUCAGUCAAGUGCGACCGCGUGCACAGGAAACUAUCGUGGAGAUAUAACGCUGCUAUCCUUCCUCUUUUCCCUCGCUCUUUGCUCCUUUAUCUUCCUCCUUCUACCUCCUUCCCACUCUGUUUCUCUUUCCUUUUUCUUCAGUUUUCCUAUUUGUGAUACGCGCUCGCGACGAAGAAGAGGAAGAAGAGACGUCGAUGAAGGAAACUGACGACGAGCAAUCAUCAUUCUCAGUCGCAUUUACUCGCUUUUAAUAGCGGGAAGCGAGCCGAACUGUUCCAUUCGUUUCGCGACACGACUUCUCAAAGAGAUUUGAUAAAGAAGGGGCACUGACACUCGACAGGGAAUCUCCACGAGGAUACACAACAAACUUCGUGUUUUUUCUGCUGCCGUGAAUCACCAACGUUCGUAUUUUAUGUACCAUCGAUCAGGUGACAAGAAGAGAACGGGACGGUGUACGAAUUUGGGGAAUCGGUGAAGCCGGUAAUCACGGUGCUACGAAACGUCAGUAAGGGAAAGAAGAAGAUAACCAAAAGAGAAAAAGGGAAAAAGCAACGACGAAAACCAGAGUCGAGCCAAGAUGACAGCCAUAGUGACGGAUCUGGUGCACGGUUACAGGGAUCUGAUGGAUAACAAGUCCGAUCCCAGGGUGAACCAUUGGAUGAUGAUGAGCAGUCCUCUUCCAACCAUGGCGAUAUGCCUAUUUUACGCUUAUUUCAGCAAGGUUAUGGGACCGAGGCUAAUGGAAAAUAAAAAGCCUUUCAAUCUUCGGGGAACUCUGAUAGCGUACAACUUGAUCCAAACACUAUUCUCCACGUGGAUCUUCUACGAGUACUUGAUGAGUGGCUGGGCGAAAGGAUACAGUUUCCGGUGCCAACCAGUCGACUACUCCAACAACGCCAUGGCGCUCCGAAUGGCGAACACAUGCUGGUGGUAUUACAUCAGCAAAUUCACCGAGUUCUUCGAUACUCUAUUUUUCAUUCUGAGGAAGAAGAACCAACACGUGUCUACGCUUCAUGUGAUCCACCAUGGAAUAAUGCCAUUCUCGGUUUGGAUGGGAUUGAAGUUCGCACCAGGUGGACAUAGCACUUUCUUCGCCCUCUUGAACACUUUUGUUCACAUUAUAAUGUACUUCUAUUAUAUGGUGGCUGCAAUGGGCCCGGAGUAUCAGAAGUACAUCUGGUGGAAAAAGUACCUGACUACCUUGCAAAUGGUGCAAUUCGUGUUGAUCAUGAGUCACCAGUUCCAGCUUCUUUUCACAGAGUGCGAUUAUCCUCGUGGCUUCAUGAUUUGGAUCGGUUUACAUGGCGUGCUUUUCUUAGGUUUAUUUUCGGACUUUUACAAAGCGAAGUACGUGAACAAAUCGAGAAAGCCGACGGCAAAGAGCUUACAGAAUGGCUCGACCGGCCUUUGCAUGCCGAUCCUGGAGGAUUCGGUGCCGCGACAAAACGGUGUCUCGUCGUAUGCGACGAUCUACAACAAGGAAUACAACAGCUGUUACAGCAACGGAACCAACAACGGUUACGUUGCCAACAAUAAUACGGAGAAAAAGCUCGCUUAGGACAUUCUGAUUUUGGUAAAAGCUCGUAAACAACCAUCGAGAUACCAAAUCACACGAUACAGUUAAUCACGCGUUGAAUCUCGCCGGCACUCUGUGGAUCGUGCAGUGACUAUGUAUACAACACACAACACACGUUGAUCGAUUUGGUUCGAGUAGUGAUUGCGCGCGGCUCCACUGGAGAUAAACCUAUUCCUCCUGAUCCGAUGUGGCCGUUACGCGAGAAUAAACUAUGCUAGUUGUAAUUCGCCGCGGAGACUGUGUUCAUGUUCACGCGUAGAGUCGUCGACGAGAGACCAGUCGCGCAUACGUUCGAUUUCCCGCUAACGCUUUAAAUUAUUUCAUAUUAAACUAUAUCAACGGGCUGGCGAUUACGUUUAUCGGGAUAGUCUAACGGGGUUAUAUAAGGGGGGUGUAUAAGAAUUAUUACUGAUAAUAUAUUAUUAAUAAGGAAAGGGCUCUUCUGCACGUAUUGUUGUGUAUAUGUAUUAAUUAUAUAAUCGCAUCCGCAACCGGAUUGUGGAUCGUUCUGAUGAAAGUCGUUGGCUCGUCGAUGGCUUUACGGAUAGUAGCGAAAAGGAACGUGAAGAACGACCGAGGAAUGCGAGGAGACCAGAGGAAAUAAACGGACAAAAUUAAAACGCGCACACGAUGAGUAAAUUUAAUAAUCGAUUCUCAUCGGAACAUUAUGUUUUCCGCACGCGAUUACCGAGAGUGUUUUAUUGCGUGCGUUAUGUAUGCGUGAACGAGUGUGAUCGUUUGUUAGUUAUACGUGAUUACGAGGCAUUUCUUAUUGGGACGCAGCGAAACGAUCCCCUUUACAUAUUUCCUUAUCGUCGUCCGACUCUGUCUCUCUAUUGCCCCGAUUGUGUUCAAAGCUUUGGUGUUCGUCGUAGAAAUAAGCGUCUGUCGAUUCGCGUUUAAAGGAGAAAUCGUACCACUCCUUUCUCUCGAAGCUUGAUUCUCUACCUCUUUUACCCAAGGAUCGCCGAUUAUAUCAGCUCAGCAAAAUGGUAGCACACUUCAAGACGCAACGCUCGGCUAGCUUUUUUAUAGCUUAUGAAUGAAGCAACGCAACCCUUUUUUUCUUUCUCAAUCGAAUCUUUACGAAUAAUUCAGCUGUCGAUGUAGAAUCAAGCUUCCGAAGAGUUCUAAAAAUUCUCGACGAAAUUUAUCUCUUGUUCACCGUUCGAACUGGUCAAAUUGGAAAAAAGAAAGUCGAAUGCCAAUCGUUCGGAUAUACGUAUAUGUUAUAAA